GUCAAUGUUAUGGAUCAUUUUAAUUAAUUUAUUUGAGACCAACAGGGUGCCUGGUGUGGUGUCAACAUGCUUUCUUCUCUCCUGCUCACCUCUCUCAUCACAUAUGUGCAUGCAGUCUGGAAUUCCGAGGCUAGGUCGCGCAGUGUCUUGAAUUAAUCAUUCAGCGUUUUUCUUGCGCUAGGUAGACUGUUGACUUGUAUAGCUGAUCGUACAGAGUAGUCGGUAAGGUCUGGAGUCCGAAGGCUUUUUCGCAGCGGUAAAGGUUUCGGACUCCAAGGUACCAAAGGUUUUGAGGGCAUUUUUUUAAUGGAAGGGACAUCCAAACUGCAGCGUUUCUUGCAAUGGUGUAGUGCGUCAGGAAUUAUUAUCAACGAUUCUGUCGAUAUAACCAAUAGUGGAUCUUGCGCUCAGUAUGGCAUGGUCGCCCGCAGAACGAUACGCAAAGGUGAGAAGCUGGCGACUAUACCGAAGACUGCGAUCUUGUCUGUGGCCUGUGAAGCGGUGAACCCUGUAGCGCGUUAUCUCGUUAGUACUGGCUUGCUUCCCUCGUCUAAUCCGAAGAAAGUGACAAAAUCUGGAGAAUCAGAGGAAGAGAACGUCUGGAUUCCUUUAUUAGUCACUUUGAUGGGUGAAUACUGCAAACACGAGUCAUAUUGGCGCCCUUAUUUUGAUCUUUGUCCGCAGUUUGAUGAAAUGGAUCCUGUGCUUUUGUGGGAAUCAUCAGAGACAGCAAGGCUACUCAGAGGUACAGGAUUGGUAGAACGUGUUGAACAUGAGACUGACCUUAUAGAACGAGAUUAUUUGGAUACCGUGGAGCCUCUUAUAACUGCAAGGGAGGAUCUGUUUGACUGCAGUACUCUUUCACUUACUCUUUACAAGAAAAUGGUUUCAUUCGUGAUGGCAUACAGCUUUACCGAUCCUGUUUGUCGAAAUGUGUAUGCAAGCGUAAUGAUGGUGCCUGUUGCAGACAUCUUAAAUCACCACUCAAAACACAAUGCAAAAAUUGUCUAUGGCAGAACAGCGCUAGAUAUUGUUGCAUUGAGAGCAAUAAAACCUAAUGAAGAGGUCUUUAAUACAUACGGCAGACUAGGCAAUGCCGAGCUGUUGUAUAAAUAUGGAUUUUCAGAGCAUUGUCCUAAUUUGAAUGACCAUGCUACAGUGAGAAUUGAAAUAGUGAGAGGUGUGGCUAAUAUAAUGUCAAAAUUCAAAGGAGGCAGAUUUCAAAAGCAAUGGGAAUUAGUUUGUAAUUUUUUGGAUAUGAAUGAGGAUGAUGAUAGAUUUUGUGUUGCUUUUGAUGGUGAACCUGAAGAUAAUCUGUUGGCUAUUGUCCAUACUAUUUGUCUGUCAAAGAAGGCAUGGAAAAUGUCAAAUAUUGCAGUACUAUCAUCUGUAGAUGAGUUGAGCGAUGAAGCUAGACAGUUGCUGAAAGAAGUGUGUUUAAAGUGUUUGGGUCAGUAUGAUUGUUCACUCCAGGAUGACGUCGAUCUCAUCAACAACAAGGAAGAACAAUGUAGUAGACGUGAACGAUUUGCUUUGUAUGUUCGGCUUGGUCAGAAACAGGCAUUGCAUAAUCUGAUAGAUGCAUGUGAGGCUGUGAAAUGAAUUCUUGCGUUUUAUUGAUCUAUUAUUAUCC